AAAUAGCGACCUGUUAUUAACCUUUAAUAAUCAUUUAAUUAAAUGAGAGUUAUUUGACAUAAGGAAAAAUGAUCCAUACAUUCGUCAUAUAAUGGGCAGUUAGUGACCGAGAGUUUUUAACUGAUGAUUCAAUGUCAAAAAUAAAUAGCCGAAAUGACUGUAAUUAAGAGUAAUUGUUGUUAUUAUUAUUUUUAAUAUAAGUAUUGUGAUCAAAAGAAGGUAUUAAUUAUUGCAAGAUGUCUGAGCACGCAGACAGUGAUAUAGAUCCUUCUGAGGAGAUAAAUGUUGAUGAGCUUGAUUCCCGGAGUUGUAGUAGUUUGCAAAAUUACCAAAAUAUUGGCGAAAAUCGACACGACCAGGUCCCGUCGGAAUGUUCUACUUCACCAUUGCCCACACACGCGAAGACACUUGUUGGUGAAUCGUCAACACGAAAUCAUCCUUUCAGCAUCAGUCGUCUUCUUGGUGAAAGCAAUGGGCAUAAUCCGAAGAGUCCAAGCUCUGAUGAUCCAGAAAGUGACAAGGAACGACGGUCGACGUGGAACUGGGAUGACAGUAACCGGAAUUCCAAUCUUGAAGAUGAAAGGAGAUUGUGGGGCAAUGAAUUGGAAGAAAAAAUGUCUGAUAAGGAUGAUGAUGAUUCAGCAAGUACUCCGGAAAUACAUCCACAUAGUUCAGUACAUCCAGCUGAUCUGCUCACACCUUUUAGACUAUUUCCUAGUGGUUCGGGCCUUAUUUAUACUGGCAGUAGUGUUAUCAGAGUUCCUGCACACAGACCACCUGGUCCAAAUGCACCACCAACUUCUGCCAUUCCGUCCCAAGCUCUCAUACCACCCUGGAGCCUUCAGGCACUCCAGCAUAAUCAACACUCCGCUGCUGCUGCUGGUCUCCAUCGUGCCAGUCUUCUCGCUAAUUUUGCUGCACAUCCUCUCCAGGCUCAUUCUCACUUGAAGGAUCGACUUGCUGUCGCGGGUACUUUUCCUAGACGAAUUGGACAUCCUUAUCAAAAUCGGACACCACCGAAAAGAAAGAAACCCAGAACGAGUUUCACCAGGUUGCAAAUAGCUGAACUCGAGAAACGUUUUCAUAAGCAAAAAUAUUUGGCUUCAGCUGAAAGAGCAGCCCUUGCCAAGUCACUGAAGAUGACAGAUGCUCAGGUGAAAACGUGGUUUCAAAAUAGGAGAACUAAAUGGAGGCGACAAACAGCUGAAGAAAGAGAAGCUGAAAGACAAGCAGCAAAUCGACUGAUGCUUUCACUUCAAGCUGAAGCAUUAGGCAAAGUUGGUUAUCCUGGAGGCAUAGCAAGUCAUGCAGCCAAUGCUUCAGUAUCAAGUCUCGAGAGUCAAUCGACUGCGCCAGCUCUUGGACACUCAGUUAGUCAAUGGGCCCCACCAUAUGGACCUUCACAAGCUCUUGCAGAGCCAAUUUGCUAAAUUUUUGGAUAAAUUCUAAAAUAAUCAUCAG